CGGUUUUAGACGCACCGCGGACACUGGCGCUGAUUGUUGUGCGGGAUUCAUUUUCACAUGGUUGUAGAGCGCAGACUGGAAUUUACCUUUGAUGAGAGAAGUUGUCAUUCUGAAUCAGUCGGUGAAGUUAUAAGUGAAGUGGGAUUUUGAAUUAGGUGUUGGACUUGCCCGGAAUUAAGAAAAAUAACAUUACUUUGUAGUAAACUAAACCACCUGGAUCUUAUAAUCUUAGUCAGAUUUGUUUAUAAAAGAAAAAAUGCUUGGAGUGAUAUGGGCACUUAGUGCCCUAUUAGCGUUUACGGAAGGACAAAGUAGUACGACAGUAGCUCCCCUGUCUUCAGCUGUCUAUACUGUGAUAGCACCUGCAAAGCUGCGACCAAAUAUUCCUUUCCAUGUGAGUGCGUCUGUCCAUAAUCUUCCUGCACCACUAGAUUUGAAAAUUACAAUCGAAGGACCAGCUGAUAAUGGCCAAUACAACACAAUAGGAAAACAAAUUACUCUAAAUUCUGGUGAAACACAGAUCCUGAAUUUUGAGAUUGGUGAAUGGAGCUCUGGAAAUUACAGUCUAAUUGUGGAAGGCGAUGGUGGACUAAAAUUCAGAAAUCAAACAGUCUUGACUUAUGAACAUAAAAGCUAUUCUGUCUUCAUUCAAACAGACAAAGCCAUUUACAAGCCUGGACAAUUAGUGCAAUUCAGAGUGCUUGUUGUUAAUCCACAUCUUUUGCCUUCUGUAACUGGUGCAAUAAACAUGUAUAUUACUGAUGCAAGUGGUAAUAGAAUAAAACAAUGGGGAAAAGUUUUUACCACAAAAGGUAUUGCAUCGGCUGAGUUAUUGUUAUCUGAUCAACCAGUUUUAGGAGAUUGGACUAUUAAUGUCGACAUUUUGGGUCAAAUGUUUAAGAAAACUUUCACAGUGGCUGAAUAUGUCUUACCCAAUUUUGAAGUUCAAAUUGCCCUACCACCUUAUGUUACUUACAAUAAACCAGAUUUUGUUGCAACUGUAUCUGCAAAGUACACAUACGGAAAACCUGUAAAAGGCCAUGUCAAACUUCUUGUCAAGCCUUCCUUGAGAUUUGGAUACUUAGCAAAUGAAAAUAAGCCUGCUGUAACUGAAGCUGAGAUUGAUGGUUCUGUGGACAUUCCAAUAAAUUUAGCCCGUGAUUUAGGUUUGAAGGAAGAUACAAUGGCUUUAGAAAUUGAUGUGAUUGCUGAAGUAGAAGAAUAUUUAACUAAACGAAAAUAUAAUGCCACAAAUAUACUUAAAGUAUAUGACAGAGAUAUUAAAGUAGAAAUGGUGAAAUCUUCAGAAUCUUUCAAACCAGGCUUGAAAUAUACUGCACAUCUUAAAGUAUGCUAUCAAGAUGAUACUCCUGUUGUGGUUACAAACGGUGAUCAAAUUGUGUUGAAAUAUGGAUACACUUAUGAUGAGCGCCAGUGGGACUCUCGUCGAAUUGCAGUGCCCAACAAUGGUUUGCUUAGUGUGGAUUUCUAUCCCCCCGUCAACACCAAUGCAUCUUCCUUAAGCAUGAAUGCUGAAUUUAGAGGAUUCGAUUACAAUCUUGAUAAUGUUGAAGCAGCAAUGUCACCAAGUAACAGCUUCAUUCAAGUGCUGUUGAGAACUGAAAACCCAACUGUUGAUAAAGAAGUUGAGUUGGAAGUGAAUGCUACGGAACCUUUAUCUCAACUUGUAUAUGAGGUUUUAGGACGUGGAGACAUUGUGUUGGCUGGUGCUAUUGAUGUUCCUAAUGUUAAAACCUACAGAUUCUACAUACCUGUUACUCACAAAAUGGCGCCCAAAGCAAGGAUUGUUGUUUUUUAUGUUAGACCUGAAAAUAAUGAAAUUGUCGCUGAUGCUGUGAAUUUUGAUGUAUCUGGAACAUUCAGAACUCCGGUCAGUAUCAAUACUAAUGUUAAAGAAACAAAGCCUGGUGCUCCAGUCAAUGUGACUGUUGCAACUAAACCAAAUGCCCUUGUUGGUCUCCUUGGAAUUGACCAAAGUGUUUUAUUACUCAAAUCUGGCAAUGACAUUACUCAGAAUGAUGUCAUUACUGAAUUAGAAACCUAUGAUGGAGGAAAAAAGAGGUAUCAAUAUGGUCCAUAUUAUCGCAAAAAGAGAUCUUUGUGGUGGCCUGGAUCUGCAACUGCUCAUGAUGUAUUUGAUGACUCUGGUGUUGUAGUUUUGACUAAUGGUCUUGUAUACCGCUACAUCCAAUUAAUUAUGUACAGAUCUUAUUCAGGAGCAAUAGAAGAUGAGUUAAAUGCUGUUGACACAAUGCUUUAUGAUCAUGGCAAUGGAAAAGGAUCUAAACCGAGAGUUCGAAAACAUUUCCCUGAAACUUGGAUAUGGGAUCUCUUGCCUGCUGGAAAUGAUGGCAAAUUAUCACUUGUGAAGAAUAUCCCAGACACCAUCACAUCAUGGGUAAUCAGUGCUUUUGCUAUGGAUCCUGUUAAUGGUUUAGGAAUUGCACCAGAUACUGCAAAGGUCACUGUGUUUAGACCAUUUUUUGUCAAACUAAACCUGCCAUACUCAGUUGUCAGAGGAGAAUCAUUGUAUUUAGAAGCCAUUGUUUUCAACUACAACAAAAAACCUAUGAAGGCUGUUGUUACAUUGGAAAAUAAAAAUGAUGAUUUCGAAUUUACAGUAGCUGGAAAUGAAAUUGGUGAGGCUUAUGAUAAGAUGUCAAAGUCAGUUGAGGUACCUGCUGAAGAUGGUGUGUCUGUAAUGUUCUUAAUUACACCAAAAAGUCUUGGUUACAUUGAUAUUAAAGUUUCUGCUGUUGCUAAUAAUGCUGGUGAUGCAGUGGUUAGGAAGCUUCUAGUAAAACCUGAAGGAGCUCCUCAAUACUUUAAUAAGGCUAUUUUGGUGGACUUGAGAGAUACCAAUUCAAAGAAAUUUGAGGAAACUGUUGAAAUUUCUAUACCAGAAGAGGCUGUGCCUGGAUCGGGAAAAGUAUCUCUCUCUGCAAUUGGAGAUUUGUUAGGUCCUACUGUUAAUAAUUUAGAUAAACUGCUUAGAAUGCCUCAAGGCUGUGGUGAACAAAAUAUGUUGAAUUUUGUACCGAACAUUGUCAUUACUAAAUACUUAAAACGAGUUAACAGAUUGACUCCUACAAUCCAGAAGAAAUCACUGAAUUUUAUGGAAAGUGGAUACCAAAGAGAGUUGACAUACAGAAGAAAUGAUGGUUCUUUUAGUGCUUUUGGAAAUAAUGACAAAAAUGGAAGCACAUGGCUUACAGCAUUUGUUGUUCGAUCAUUCCAUCAGGCUAAAGAAUUUAUGGAAAUUGAUGAUGGUGUAAUGACUUCUGCAUUAGAAUGGUUGUCCAGACAGCAAAAAUCUGAUGGUUCAUUUGAUGAACCAGGAGAAAUUCAUCAUAAAGCAAUGCAGGGAGGUUCUGGAAGCAAGAGUGCCUUAACGGCAUACGUUCUUCUUGCUUUCUUAGAAAAUCAGGCGCAAAAAACUUUUGCUCAAGAAAUGGACAAAGCUACAAAGUACCUUUUGAGAGAAUUGAAAAACUCUCAGGACCCUUAUUUUGUGUCUAUUGUUACAUAUGCAUUCCAUUUAUCUGAGCAUGAGGAGAAAGAUACAGCUCUUCAGAAACUGCUGAGUUUAUCAACAAGAGGAGUUGAUACCAUCCACUGGCAAAAACCAAAGGACAACUCUAUGCCUUACUACGAACCUCAAUCCCAAGAUGUAGAGAUGACUGCUUAUGCCUUGUUGACAUACUCUGUGCGAGGAGAUGUUGCCGGAGCCUUACCCAUUCUUAGGUGGAUGAUCUCCCAACAAAAUGAAUAUGGAGGAUACUCUUCCACUCAGGACACAGUCGUUGGUAUCCAAGCCUUGGCUUCUUUGGGCGUCAGACUCGCUUCAGCUUCAAUAUCUAUUAACAUCUCUUACAACUUCAAUGAUAUGCAGAAAACAUUAAGCAUUAAUUCUGAUAAUGCCAUGGUGCUUCAGAAUGUUAUUUUACCUUCUGAUGUCAGAUCUGUUGCUCUUCAAGCUGAAGGUUUUGGAGUUGGUCUAGUUCAGGUCACAUGGUCAUACAAUGUUGCUGUUACUGAUGUCACUCCCGCUUUCUCAUUAAAACCUGUUUUGGGCAAAGCCUCCACCGAUGAUUACAUGGAGCUAGAUAUUUGCACUCGCUACAAAGAGAGUGGAGCUAGUAAUAUGGCUGUAAUGGAAGUUGGUCUUCCUUCUGGAUUUGAGGCUGAUACAGAAAUUUUACCCAUGAUAAAGAAUUUAGACAAAAUAAAGAGAGUUGAAACAAAUGAGGGUGAUACCAAUGUUGUCAUAUACUUUGACAGGAUUGACAAUGAAGAAGUCUGUGUUCAUGUCCCUGCUUUCAGAAGUCACAAAGUAGCCAAUCCUAAACCUGUGCCUGUUAAAGUGUAUGAUUAUUAUGAUUUAUCCAAAAGUGCCAGAAUGUUUUAUGAACCAAAGUCUGUUACACUGUGCGAAGUCUGCGAGGGUGAAGAUUGUGGCAGUAAAUGCAACGAGCUUACAGAUGGUGUAAAUGCAUCUUCAACACCCAUAUACAACUUAUUCCUGAUUGCAUUGGCAGCUAUGUUUACCUUUCAAAUUGCAAGAGCUAAUUAUUGAGGAGGUGAUUAAAUUGUUGACUUGAGCCAUACAGCUGCAAUAAUGGCAAAGCUUUUUUUAGCUAGAGUGGGAUGUGUGUAUGAUCUGAUAUGGUGAUAUUUUUUGUAUAGUUACAUAACGACAGUGCCUACCGAGGAACUAAUAACUUCGGAUUUUAUGAAAGUUUAGCUAUCGUCAAACUAUUGAUAGAACUAUGAAAAAGCUCAGUGCUUGGUCAUUAACUUGUGGAUUGUCAUCACUACUGUUUUUAUCGAGUUUUCUUUAGAGUUCAUAAUACCUAAUGCUAACAUUCCAUACUUUGUGUUAGAUCUUGGAAUAUUUCAUGUGUGUUGUCUGAUUUUCUUUUGCAAUUAAGAUAAUUUAUUCAUAUUUUUUUAAAAAUAACUAUUGCAUUCAUCAGCAUUUGUUUUUGUUAUAAACCUUGAGUUAUUACUCUGGUGCAUUUUGAUCUUAAAUAUUUUUAUAAUUUAAAUCUUUUUAUUAUUUAAAGUUAAAAGGUAAAUAAUCAUUUGUUGAUCGGCUUUCUCUAGUCAUCCGUGCAUAUUUUGACACCAGACAAAUAAAUCAAGGUUUAGUUUUUCUUAGAUAUUUUGUGAAAUUUAAUUUUAAAAUAGGCAGUUUUAUUAAGUAUUCUACAUCUGGAAUUCAGCCAAAUUUUUUAAAAUAUAGAUGCAAUUAAAAAUUUAUGUUAAAUCUGAUUUUAAAUCAACAUAAUAUAUUUUUCUAGAAAAAUUGUUAAUUUAUGCCAAUGAACUUCAAUCAUAGAAAGUUUUAAUCCUAAAAACUGAAAUUUUAAAUUGUUGUAUUGUACUGGAAUUUUUAAAAAUUACAUUCUUGUACAUAGCUUAUGUGCAAUCUCCCAAUUUUUGUACUUUAUUAUUCUUGGGAAUUUUAAGCAAAAGCCUGUACAAUGUCCUUUCUUUUUUAAGCAUUAAAUGUAUGACUUUUAUAAGAAGACAUUGAAUAUAUUUUAGCUUGUCAUUUUCUUUUAAUAGUCAAGGUUUUCUUAUUCUAAAAAUAAUACUAAUUGUUGCAAACAGAAUACAGUAUGCUGCAAACAAAACCAAUGUUAUUGAAAACAUAACUUUUAAAUAUCAAUAAACAGUUUGUGGGACUAUUUGGCAGCUUUAUUUGUAGAGACAAAUUUCACUUAUUUUCCAUUUUAGUGUAGAUGAAUGUGCAAAUGAUUAAGAUGAGCUAUAUCAUUGUCAUCUUCAACUGUGAUAAACUAAAAACCCUUAUUUUCAUACUCAAAUAUCAAACUGUUUCAAUAUAAAUUUAAAA